GACCUCUUCAGGUGGCUGACUGAAUAAAUACAUCUCUCUGUGUGCGAGAGAGAGAGAGAGAGAGAGAGAGAAGCCCCUACGCGUUUGUCAGUCUAAUGAGAAGGAAAACCCGUCCUAUUGGCUAUCCGUCGGGCUAUUUAUUAGGCUACAAUGAUAUUCUUCAUGAAACGAUCGAGUACAAAAUCGAAGUGUAACAUAUCAAGAAUGUGUUCAUUUUGCGCAAGAUAGCUCUCCAUGCAUGUUUUCUAAACUUGGCAGCUACUAUAGAAGUUUCACUGAAAAAAUACAGAUUCACAAAUCACAAGAGGUUCCUUAGCAACUAGCCCUGCCCAAUCUGUUGUUAGAAUACCUGAAUGCAGACCCGUUCCACGUGACCGAUUCUUUGGCCUCUCGACAAAUGAGAAAAGAGGACAGGUGUUCUCGUGCUGGUUUCGGAGGCGGAAUCCCGGUUGAAGUUGUCCGUCUUAGUCCAGUUGUGAUCUGGAGGGGACCCCAUCAGUGACCUAUUCAUUGCAUCCUGCUCUCCGAUUGCAGUGUGUGAGAUUUCAUCCCUCACCCCCAAGAUGACUGACAAAAGCCCUUGGUGGAGGUCAUUUGUGGGCAAGAGAAGGAGCGCUGCCCGAGAGUCCGCGAGGGAGGCCAUGCUCGCUCAGCAGCAAGCCCAGGCCCCCCAGCCUCAAACCUCCACUCAGACGCAGUCGGUGGAGAGCCCACAGCCUUCUGCAGAACUCACCCAUACGACCACCGCUGAUCACACUCCUGCCGCAGCCACCGAACCACAGAGGCCCUGCUCUGAGAAGAGGAACAACAGUGCGGCUGACCUGGAGCCUACCUUCAACGAGUCGACCAAUCGGCGUAACCUGCGUGUGUCCCGCUCAGGACGGUUCAAGGAGAGGAAGCGGGUUCGAGUGAGUCUUCUUCAGGACGAAGAGGAGCACACUGACAAGUCCUCAGAUAAAGAGGAUGCUAGUGCACAAGGCCAAUAGCACAGCUAAAACUGUUGUCCUCUCAGCAGAGCGAGGCGGCUGAACUGUGCAUUACCGUCCCUUCUGUCCCCCAAGACUGUGGGACUGACAGGGGACGGCCAGAGCACACAUCCAUCCAAAGACUCUGUGAGCUAUUUAUGUACUUCUCAACUAUACACUUAUAAUACUUAAAUAUGUUUUUAAUGAAUGAGUUUAAAAUGCACCAUGCAUCAUGCCAUAUGUGUGUUUAAUUGUGAAAAGAUGUCUAACAGAAUUUUAAUUUAAAAGUUAAAUAUUUUAACUAAGGGGUCAUGGGUCCAUGGGGUUCUUUGAGCGUGUCACGUGUGUCCUUCCUAACUCUCACCCUGGGAUUAGACGCUGUUUACUGUAGAAUGGUAGAUUAUAAUGAUAGUCAUGAGUCUUGGACAAUUGUAUAUUUCACAUGGACAAGACAACAGGAGUAGUCUACCUAUAGAAACAUUUAUGUCUAUGUCUCUGAGCCCACUGCUAAAUGUAUUUGUUUCUGUAGUCAGGGCUCUGGACUUUAAAUCAAAACAUGAUUUGAAGAUACUUUGAAAUGACACACAAAUUUGCGGCAAGGUCAUAUUUUCACAUGCAAUUAGGUUUCUGGCAAAUGGUUGUGGUAAACUUUUUGCAAUGUUGCAGCAAAUUUGCAGCAAUGGCAUAUGUAAAUUAGGUUUGUUUGUCACCAGAACUUCACUGGAAGUUUGCCAUUAUUGGCUAAGGGUGGUGGCAAAUCACUGGCGAACACAUUUGCCACUAGUGGCAAAGUUCUCAUUGUUGCCAGAACUUUGCUGGAAAUUUGCCUGUAGCAGGCAACAUUGGCAAACUUCUUUCAAUAUUUUCUAGUGAACUCAUUUGUUUCCCAUAAAUUGCCCACAAGUUUGCAGCAAAUCUGCUGCAAACAUUUCAUUUUUGUAAGGGCCAUCUUGUUUAUACAACUCAUGAACUACUACACAGCUACCAAUAAUAAACUAACCAUGUUGGUGUCUAUAUAAAUGUCAUUGAAUUGACAUUUGAUAGGAUUAUGUUUGAGAGAUCUUGGGCACUAGCUGCAACAUCAUUUAAUCCAAUUUGACUGUAUAGACACAGGCAAUGAGAACUGAGAUAAAAGUUGCACACAUUACAAAAACACAGAGAUGGUUCAAAAUAUAGUACCUCAAAGAUUUCAGAGAAUUGAAAUGUGACAAGUGUGCAGCCCCAUUAGAGUAAAUUGAUUCUGCUAUAAGGUUAUAUUGGUUGCACAGCAACUUGCAAGCAAUGCCUGCUUAUUCAUUGAUCUUGUUUCUCAAUAACUGGGAAAGAGGACUGGAUCAUGACAUGACCAGCUCAGGACCAAUAGAAUCUCCUCCAGAGAGAGCUGCUGUUUGGCUCAUGGGUCUAAGAUUAUUCAUAAAGUUUACUUCACUUUACUACAAAUUUCCAUUAGAACAAACACAUAUCUUUUUAGAGGGCUUUAAUCAACAUGUUGAGCUGUCAGGAUUAUCAAUCAAAUAUCUGUCUGUACUUCCUGUAGCUGUGCCAUCAGGUUGUACCCUGCAUAAACUAGGUUUUAGUCUAGUUUUUUUUAGAUCUUCCGAGAGAGUUGCUGACCUUUAAAAGGUGUGCUCAAUGAGUUCUCUUUUACAGACAUUUGGACAAGAGUAUAUCAUUGACUAGAAUGUAAUUGUUUUUUUUUCCUACAUAAAAGUCUGUAUUUUAUGAAUAAAUGAGGGGCAGAUGCUUCACAUGUUUA